CAUACUUCGCACCGUCUUAAAUUAUAUCUCAUUUACACGGUAAUGUUUAGUAUACUUCUACUGUGAUAACAAGCAUCGUUUAUCGUUGGAUUGUUGUAAGAAAACAUUAAAAAUGAGUGAAGCAGCUUCUCCAAAGAAAAUCGCACCCAAGAAGAAACCUGCUGCAAAGAAGACAGCUGAUCACCCUAAAUAUGUGGACAUGAUCAAGGCUGCUAUCGCUACCCUAAAGGAACGCGGUGGUUCAUCUCGCCAAGCUAUUACAAAAUAUAUUCAUGCAAAUUACAAAGUUGCUGAAAACUCAGAUCAUCAUCUGAAAAUGGCUCUUAAACGAGGAGUAACAUCAGGCGAUUUGAUUCAAACUAAAGGCACUGGUGCUUCUGGAUCAUUCAAGCUAGGUCAGGUAAAAAAAGAAAAACCUAAGAAAAAGGCCGCAGCAAAAAAGCCAACGGCAAAGAAGCCUACUGCAAAGAAAAGUACACCAAAAAAGAAGCCAGCAAAGAAGAGCACGCCAAAGAAAGCAGCAAAGAAGCCUGCCACAAAGAAAGCCUCGGCUAAGAAACCAGCAGCUAAGAAACCCACAAAGAAGCCUGUUGCUAAAAAACCUGCAGCAAAGAAGGUCAAAAAGACUCCCAAAAUGGCAGCAAAGAAGACCGCAAAAAAAUAAUUUGUGUGUAUCUGGCUAUUACAUUAACAAACGGCUAUUUUUAUAGCCACACAUUUACAAAAAAACAUUAUCUUGGUACAAAGUUAAACUUGUUUAAGUCACUUAAACAGUUAAAAAAGAGUAAAUUUAAGAUUAGAUUCCCUAAGUUUAAGUAUUUUCGUUUUU